AUGACAAAAAAUACUAAGCAAUGUAUUGAAUUUGACCGAAUCGAUCGAUUACGCAGAACGAUAUUCCUCGAAGACUCCUCUGAGGACGAAUUGCUUGAAUACAAUAGCCAAACAAAAAUAAACGAUGAUAGUUGGAAUAAACCGCCUGCCAGUUUCACAAAACCAAAACCAAAAGUCAAAGUUGGAGUCCGUGUUGAUUCUUUACCUACGAAGCCGGUUAAAGUUAUUAAAAAAAGGAAACAAUUAGUUGAUCGUUUAACCACAGUUAAAGCGUCUAAUAUGAAACCGAAAGGAGUAGAACAAAAUAUCAUUAAAAUCGAAAAUAAACAAGUGGUCAAUAACGCGUCAAUAAAAAUCAAAAGACAAGCAUAA